AUGGAAAAGUUAGCUAGUCGGUUAAGAACAUCAACCUUUUAUGGUUAUUAUAUGAAAUAUAGACUUCUUUGUCAUAAUAAAUUAAUAAGGUUCUUUAUUGGUGAGUUAAUUGGUAGUUAUUAUUUAUUCUAUCUUACAAAUUGUACUGCUUACCUUAAUUAUCCAACAUAUAUUUGUUCUCUUUUAGUUAUUUUUGGAUUAGGACCAAUUAUUGAAAUUCUCUCACCAGUGUGUAAUGGGCAAUUUAAUACUGGUAUCUCUAUUGUUUUCUUUCUUAGAAGAGGACAAACUUUUUGGCAAACACUAGUUAGUAUUGUUGCUCAAUUUUUAGGUGGUUUAUUCUCUGUUUUAACUCUAAACCUCUUCUUUACUGAUAGUCUUAUUGCUUUUUCUUCUAAGACAUAUAGUUUUAUCCAAGUUCUUUCUGAAUGUUUUGGCAGUUUCAUAUUAAUAUUUGUAUUAAUGUUAAUUACUUAUAGAAAACAAAGUGCUGCUCUUCUUAUUCCUGGAGUGAUUGCUGCUGGAUGUAUUGCAUUACCAAGUGGAAUGAUUGUCAAUCCAUUUAUUGUUGUUUGUCGAUUAAUUUCCAAUUCAAACAAUAACAUUUCAUGGCAAAGUUGUUUAGUAUUAUUAUUCUCUGAAUUUAUAGGAUUUGCACUUGGUUUUUUAACUGGAGAAUUUAUUCUUGUUGAAGGAGAGCGUGAAGUUCCUGAGAAUUAUUAUAAAUUAGAAAAUGUAGAAAUAAAAUCAGAAACUUCAAACCAACUUGAAAGUGUUUUCGUUGAUUCUCAACAACCAAUCAAUGAAGAAAUUCCAAUGAAUUAAAAUUGAACGUUUAAUUUUUAGAUU